AGAUUUUGAUUGGCUAUGUAUCUUCCCGGGAUUGAGAGAUUAUAUAGUAUGAAAAAGAGAAUCUGCUUCCGCGAAAUCCCACGUGGCAGUUCUCAGACCACUACUGCAGUUCAAGCUAAUCUGCGAACCCAAUUGCAGAGCAGAGGCCUCGCCCUCCCGAGAUUCAGAGAAACUGAGAAAGGUCGGAGCUCUGCAAUUCCCACUUCACUUCCCACCACCAAUUACUACUGAUUAGCUUCGAUGGCAGUCAUAAGACUCAUCAUAAGUGCGGCAGCUCCUCCGGCCAUCAAUUUACCAAGGAUCGAACACGGGUGCUCUUCUUUCAAACCUAGCUCCACUCGCCCAUCUUCUCGGAAGAAACCUCCAACGAUCGUCACCAUGGCACCCAAGAAAAAGGUGAACAAAUACGAUGGGAAUUGGGAGAAGCAAUGGUACGGAGCAGGUAUCUUCGUGGAAGCGAGCGAAGAAGUGGAAGUGGAUGUGUUCAAGAAGCUGGAGGAGAAGAAGGUCCUUAGUAACGUGGAAAAGGCGGGAUUGUUAUCAAGGGCCGAGAAAUUAGGGUUAACACUAUCCUCCAUCGAGAAGCUUGGUUUCUUCUCCAAGGCAGAGGAGUUAGGGUUGUUGAGCUUGCUAGAGAAGGUAGCCGGCUUCUCGCCGUCGACGCUGGCUUCUUUGUCGAUACCUCUCUUUGUGGCUGCUUUGGCUGUAAUCGUUGUGAUUCCCGACGAUUCGGCGGCUCUUAUUGCGUUGCAGGCCGCCUUUGCUGUUGCUCUUGGAGUCGGCGCCGCCGGGUUCUUGGUAGUUUCAGUGGUUUUGGAUGGAUUGCAAGAGGCAGAUUAGAUACAUCGCGGCCGUGCAAACUGGCGAGUGUAUGAGGAUGGAUCCCGUUGUGGUGGGCCCCAGUGAUGUGGACUGUGGACCCAGAUCACACUUUGUCCGCUGGCAUCUCUCUCUCUCUCUCUCUCUCUCCGCCUCCUGCAUACGAAAUUCGGCUACCUAUGUAAUAUAAGUAGUGUGCUGUGCAUGCUUAUAUAUGGAGUUUAUUUUCGGAGGCCGAAUGUUAUUAUCUUCCACGUGGCAUUUUGGUUGGCCACGUCACCCAUCUUAGUUAUUUCUUAUUGAUUUCAUUGCCACUCCAA